CAUUCGGGAUAACUUUCUCACUGUCCGACGGCUGUUGGGAUGUAUAUGUGCCAAACCAAUGCAUUUUCGUAAUUCUAAAAAUUAAACCACGUUUUUAUGAUUGGACGCGUAGGUUUGGUUUCCUCUUUCAGCGGAAAACGUUGUUUUUUACCAUCCAACGGAGAAACUUAUUUUCGUCAACCUGCUGUUUUUGGAUCAUUCAUCAUUCACUAGUGAGGACCAUUCAAUUGUGAGGAGCGAAACAUAGAAAGGAUCCAUGAGCCUGAAUAGGAAGAAAACCCUCGCAUAGAAUAGGUGUAGCUUCCACCCAAGAUGGCCGCCUCCUCCUUCAUGUGGCACUGCAGGACUAUCCUGCUGGCGGUGAUGUGCUGCUUCCUGCCCCGCUCCACCUCCUCCCUCAAUCUGGAGGACCCCAACGUCUGCAGCCACUGGGAGAGCUACUCGGUCACCGUCCAGGAGUCGUAUGCCCACCCCUUUGAUCAGAUUUAUUACACCAGCUGCUCCGACCUCCUCAACUGGUUCAAGUGCACACGGCACAGGGUGAGCUAUCGGACGGCCUACCGCAGAGGAGAGAAAACCAUGUACCGCCGCAAGUCCCAGUGUUGCCCCGGCUUCUACGAGAGCAGGGAGAUGUGUGUCCCCCACUGUGCCGAGAAGUGUGUCCACGGCCGUUGUGUGGCCCCCAGCACCUGCCAGUGUGAGCCCGGCUGGGGGGGCCCUGACUGCUCCAGUGCGUGUGACAGCAACCACUGGGGUCCCCACUGUAGUAACCGCUGCCAGUGUCAGAACAGUGCGCUGUGUAACCCCAUCACGGGCGCCUGUAUCUGCCAGCCGGGGUACCGGGGCUGGCGGUGCGAGGAGGUCUGCGAGGCGGGCACCUAUGGCAACGGGUGCCAACAGAAGUGCCUGUGCCAAAAUGGAGCCGCGUGCCACCACGUGACCGGGGAGUGCAAGUGUUCACCCGGAUACACCGGUGCUUUUUGUGAGGACCUGUGCCCACCAGGGAAGCAUGGGCAGCAGUGUGAGGAGAGAUGCCCCUGCCAGAAUGGAGGAGUGUGUCACCACGUUACUGGAGAGUGCUCCUGCCCUGCUGGAUGGAUGGGUACAGUGUGUGGCCAGCCGUGUCCGGAGGGACGCUUCGGCAGGAACUGUUCCCAGGAGUGUCAGUGUCACAACGGGGGAAUGUGUGUCUCCUCCAGCGGACAGUGUCUGUGCAGUCCAGGCUACACCGGAGAACGGUGCCAGGAAGAGUGUCCGGUGGGUACGUUCGGCGUGUCCUGCCGCCAGACAUGUCGCUGUGAGAACGGAGCCAAGUGCUACCACAUCAGUGGCGCGUGUCUGUGUGAACCGGGCUACACGGGGGAGAUGUGCGAGGUGCGCCUCUGUCCCGAGGGACACUACGGCCUCAAGUGUGACAAGAGGUGUCCCUGCCACGCCCAGAACACACGCAGCUGCCACCCGAUGUCUGGCGAGUGCUCGUGCCAGCCUGGCUGGUCGGGGACCUACUGUAAUGAGACGUGUACGCCCGGCUUCUUCGGCGAGUCGUGCCAGCAAGUGUGCCAAUGCCAGAACGGUGCCGACUGCCACAGCGUGACCGGGGAGUGCAUCUGCGCUCCUGGCUUCAAGGGAUCCGACUGUUCCACAGCCUGCCCAUCAGGGACCCACGGGAUCAACUGCUCUGCCACCUGUGGCUGUAAGAACGGGGCACAGUGCUCUUCAGUAGAUGGAGCCUGCUCCUGUAAAGCAGGUUGGCACGGAGUGGACUGCUCCAUCAACUGCCCCAGUGGCACGUGGGGGCUGGGGUGUAACCUCACCUGUAUGUGUGGCAACGGGGGCGCCUGCAACGCCCUCAACGGACAGUGCACCUGUGCCCCCGGCUGGAGGGGAGAGAGGUGUGACCUCCACUGCCAAGAUGGCACCUAUGGCAUGGACUGUAGGGAGCGCUGUGACUGUAGCCAUGCAGACGGGUGCCACCCCUCCACGGGGUACUGUCGCUGCCUGGCUGGAUGGACAGGUAUCCACUGUGACAGUGUGUGUGCCGAGGGCCGCUGGGGGCCAAACUGUUCCCUCCCCUGCAACUGUAAGAACGGGGCCUCCUGUUCCCCUGACGAGGGCACAUGUGAGUGUGCGCCUGGGUUUCGGGGAACCACCUGCCAGCGCAUCUGUUCACCAGGCUACUUUGGCCACCGCUGCAGCCAGGCCUGUCCCCAGUGUGUCCACAGCAAUGGACCUUGCCACCAUGUCUCUGGUCAGUGUGACUGCCUCCCAGGGUUCAAGGGAGCCCUCUGCAACGAAGUGUGCCCCAGUGGUAGGUUUGGGAAGAACUGUGCGUGGGGGUGCACCUGUACCAACAACGGCACCUGUAACCCCAUCGACGGCUCGUGCCAGUGUUACCCCGGCUGGAUUGGCAGCGACUGUUCACAACCCUGUCCCCCUGGUCAGUGGGGGCCCAACUGUAUCCACACGUGUAACUGUCACAACGGGGCCUACUGCAGUGCCUAUGACGGGGAGUGCAAGUGUACCCCGGGCUGGACGGGCCUCUACUGUACACAACGCUGUCCAUUGGGCUUCUAUGGUAAGGACUGUUCCCAGACCUGCCAGUGUAAGAACGGAGCCGACUGUGACCACAUCUCUGGCCAGUGUACCUGCCGGACUGGCUUCAUGGGACGCCACUGUGAGCAAAAAUGCCCCCCUGGUUCCUAUGGUUACGGCUGUCGUCAGGUGUGCGACUGUCUGAACAACUCCACCUGUGACCACAUGACGGGUACUUGCUACUGCAACCCCGGCUGGAAGGGGGCGAGGUGUGACCAAGCCGGGGUGGUGAUCGUGGGCAACCCCAACAGCCUGACUAGCGCUGCCGUGCCCGUGGACUCCUAUCAGAUUGGCGCCAUUGUGGGCAUCAUCAUCCUGGUGUUGUUGGUACUCUUCCUCCUCCUCCUCUUCAUCGUAUACAGGAAGAUGCAGAAGGGCAAGGAGACCACCAUGCCCGCUGUCACCUACACACCCACCAUCCGCGUCGCCGCCGACUACGCCAUCGCCGAUGCAGCACACCCACAAACAAGUCAGACACCCGGACAUCCCAACAGCAACUACUUCUCCAACCCCAGUUACCACACUGUGACCCAGUGCACUAGUCCCCCACAUGUCAACAACCUGCCCUAUGGAAAGGCUAAGAACAACCAAUUGUUUGUGAACCUGAAGAACGUGGACCAGAGGAAGAGGCCUCCCAUAACAGACCACACUGGAACCCUGCCCGCCGACUGGAAACAGGGGGGAUGCUUUAACGAGCUGGGAGCUUAUGGAGUGGACCGACGAUACAUGGGGAAAUCCCUGAGAGACCUGGUGAAGGGAAUGCCCUAUCACGCCAGCUCCUGCUCCCUCAACAGCUCAGAGAAUCCCUACGCCACCAUCAAGGACCCACCCCUCCUGAUGCCCAAAGUAGAGUGCGGCUACGUUGAGAUGAAGUCACCCGCACAGCGAGACUCGCCCUACGCUGAGAUCAACAACGCCAGCCCCACCAAUAAGAAUGUCUACGAAGUCGAGCCCACAGUCAACGCCAUCCACUCACCUGGGAACAGCAACGGUCACGGCCCCUUUGGACAGGACCCGUACGACCUACCAAAAAACAGCCACAUCCCCUGUCACUAUGACCUCCUGCCCACGCGGGACAGCCCCCCUUCAUCCCACAAGGAACUAGACAGCGAAUGAGCUACCAGAGAAUCCCUCCACAAGGAGCUAGACAGCGAAUGCGCUUCCAGAGACUCAACAAGGACCCCGCCCCCUCUACCCAGGGCUCAGUCAAUGAAUGCUCCUCAUUUGCUGGCAUACUGUAUGCUUACUCGCUGCACCAUUGUUUUCUUGCUUUUAUUUUUUUAUUAUCACUAUAAUCAUUCUUAAUCACAGUUUUUUUUCAGAGAGAGGAACUCUUAUGUUGCCUCAAGUGUCACAUUCACAAUUUUAUUUACUAUCAAUGUAGAAAUGAGUGUUAUUUGUGAAAAGUUUGGUAUUUCGAGGUGCUUGAGUAAUAUUGAUAUACAGCUUUUUACAGCUUUUCCUAAAUGAAGUAAAUCAUUCCACUCACUGGGGACUAAUCACUUGCCUUUUCAAAUCUAUAGUGUAUAAAUACAAAACAAACCUCAAUUUAUUAUUGUAACGAUGAAAGUGAACUUUAACAGUAUUAGGAAUCCGUUCAUUAACUAGUUACCAGUCAAUUAGCCAAUUUAUUUCUUAAUUUUUUCCCCCCUUUGUUUUUUGUUAUUAGUGCUGCACGAUUGAGCAUUGUUUUGUUGUUUGUUUGUUUGACAAUGUAACUGUUAUUGUUGUUGACAAAACUUAAUCUUGUUUAGUCUGACAUCAAUACUAAAGUAACCAAAGUUUUAAGUGCCAUAGUAAGUCAUAGUAAAACUAAGUUCCUUUUGCUCUUUUAGUGGUGAAUUAUGAGCAAAUAGUUGAAUUGUGGCAAGCAUUCAAUCGCACAGUUUGAGGUCUGUUAAAGGUCUGUUACUAUAAGCGGGUAGUGUUUUGUGUCAGUUACCGUUGUGAGAACAAGUUCAAAUGUAUUGCCAUAAUACUUUCAUGACACUUCAUACGAAUUACAUAAAGCCUGUUAUAACCACCUGGAAGGUCAUUCAACUGACUGCAUAACACCGUAAUGUUCCAUGUCAGCAUUAUGUCAAUUCAAUUGUGAAAAAGAGUGGGGUUUUUUUUUUUCCUGGUUAUGAAGGUAUGUUGAAGGAGGACCACUAAAAUAUAUCCUGAUUAUUAAAUAUCUCCAAUAUUAGAUAAUUAGAUCAAAUAUGAGUUCAUUGGCAAUUACCUGUGAAAUUGUGUUCUGACUUUAAAUCAAAUGUAGAACAGGGAAACUAUUAAUAUGAUGUACUCUGUUGUUAAAGGAUGUAAUAGUAAUUCAGUGCAAAUAGAAGGGCUCAGCAUCAUUAAAAAAAAGAUAAAUAAUCAUUUGUAGUAAUAAUGCUUAAGCUGGACUUUUGCAUCGCAAUGAAAUGAAAGACCUUAUCAAUAAAACAAAAUAAGAGACAAAUUCAAGAUUCACAUGAAAUACUGUAUAGGCCUACAUUUCCAUAAAAUACUGGAUUUGUUCAAUGUUAGAUUUAGAACUCUUUAUAUAUUCUGCAUGUCUUUUCACGCAUUCUGAAUGGCCUAAAAGACAGCCACAAGUCUUAAACUAUUCUGAGCCAGAUAUGAAAUGUAUUUGUACAAAAAUGAUGUAUAUAGCUGUAAUCACUUGAAAACGAGAAGUGAUGUUUGGUGUUGAUGUAAAAAAAAUAAUAAACAAAACACCAUGCCUUC